AUGAAGCUAGAUAUUCCAAAUUGUGAAAUUCACAUAUUCACCGCGAUCACGGCUAAGAACGACCCUUUGGCACCGCCUAUCAGUACCGAGGACAACUCGGAUAAGAACAAAAUCGAGCAGUCUGGAAGUGUUCCUGAGCUGAAUCACACCGAACAGGACUCUCCUAUGCGCUUGCACGGCUCAUCGGCUAGCAGCGCAUCGGUGGCCAGUCGCCUCUACGGUACGCGUUCACGACGAGACUCACUUGGCUCCGAUCCAGAACUUAUCUCGUUUUCCGAUUCGGAUAUGCAUGAUAUCACUAAUCAGGUGACAAUGAUCUCGAAAAAAUUAUCCGAAAUGGAAGAACAACAAUUGCAUAGCAAUGAUGAACGAGGACGUUUACGAACGGAAAAUGCUGUGCUUACAGAACGAGUUCAUGUUCUAGAAGAACAGAUGUUGGUUGCCGAGCAGAGGUAUCGAGAACAGCUGCAAGAGGAGAAAAAUCGAACACGAGAACUUUUACAACGAAUGGAAAGAGAAAAACAGUUGGAAACAGAAAGUCUUUCUCUGAAAUAUCAGAUGAUUGAAAAAGAUCUACAAACUGCUAAGAAAGAAGCUGACAAAGCGCGAGAAGAAACGCAAAAAAUGCAAGCAACCGUAGAAGAUUUGCGAGGACAACUUACCGAAAGCAAAUUGCUGGUCGAAGACCUGGAAGAAGAACGAAUCAAACUGGAAAGACAGUUCAAACGAUUCAAAGAAGAAGCUCAACAGGACAUCGACAGCAGUUCCGAGAUGGUUGAGGUGCUCAAAGAACAAACAGAAGAACUACGACGAAAUGGACCUCCGCGACAAGGAUCCAUUGUCGAGCAGAUGAGCGACCUGGAAGAAUCUCUGGAGCAGGCUCGUGCCGAUAUUCGCGAUUUGCAACGCGAACGCGAUGACUUGCAAGCUCAACUGCUGGCGGCCAGUGUCGAGCGAGGACGAAGUCUCCUAGCCGACGAACCCUCACUGGCCGAUGAACUCAUGAGCGGAGGCAGUGACACUCAACAGAUUCUCGAAGCCCUUCGCGAACAGGAAGUAUGCAAUCAAAAAUUGCGGGUAUAUAUCAACGGCAUUUUGAUGCGAGUCAUUGAACGACAUCCAGAAAUUCUUGAAAUAGGUGAACAGAAAAACUCGGACUCCAGUUGACGGUGCGCCGGAGCAGCCUCGCAAAAACCCGCCGUUGCUACUCCGAACGGGUCGGCGCCGUCAUCACCGUCGACGACGUCGACAUCAUCGUUGUCGGCGCGUAUCUCCUCCUAUCUACCGUCAUCAUUCCUCCGAUGGGGUUGACGACGCAUAACCGCCGCUAUGAAGAAUGGCAACGAUACCGUAGACAUCGAGGGACAGGGUUGCUCCUAUUAGUAAAAGAGUAAUACUUCAAAUACUGGUCUAGAAGGGGCGACUUGGGCGGGGCAUGUGGAGCGCACAUGCAAUCUGUGCAUAUUGAUCGAUCGCUCGCCCAAGUUCGCGCGCGCCUUCGCUGGCGACUCUGUUCCAUGCGGGUUUUAUUCUACGUUUCAGCAUGUCGAGGCUGUUCCACAUAAUUUUGUUCUCAUCAAUUUUGUGAUAUGUAUAUGUUUGCAAUGUCAAAUAAGGCAUUUUAUAGCAUGUUUUGUUCUUCUAUUUUUUCUUUGCAAUUUCGAAGGGGUUUGGAUUUUUUAGCUUGUCAAAAAUUAGCGCGUUGUGGCCAAUUAAUCCGGUGAGAGAAACGCAUUAUAGGUUCUGCUAAUUCUGUUUUCUCAAACUUUGUCUGUAAACAACAAAAUUUAGGUUGGGGAGUAAACAAAAAUGACAAAAUUUACAAUAUGCUUUAUAUUUUUGCCGCGCCAGAAUUCUUUUUGGGGCAAAAAUGAUUGGCAGCAUUUUCGCGAGCAGCAAAUUUAUAUUUUUCUCAUAAAUAUUUCUACUGUGACUUUGACUCCCUGCACGAAUCUUUCCCAUUUUGUGAUUUGUAUCAUUUUAGCAGUAUUACCUUGUACUACGACGAAUUUCUCCCCAAAUUGACUGUCAAAAAACGCUAGACUAAAGAUAUGAUUCGAAUUUGCCCGAUUUUCAACACACAAAUGUGAUCUGCACAUACGUUGUUCUUGUUUUCUUUCCACUCUGUCUUCUCUCAUCUUGUAAAUUAUCAAAGUCUCUGAAUUUCUCUCUUGUAGUGCAUGAUAAGAGUUUUCUAAUUUCUCCUAAUGUCGCUUCAGCGACUUGUUACAAUUUUUAAUGAAUUGUGUUGCGA